CUGAGGCCGGCAAUAAACUGCGAUGAGUGGGAGAAAGAGGUGAAGCGGCUGACGGAUCCAGAGAAAGGGAUGAAUUUUGAGCCUCACGCGCUUGUGACUAUGUAUCAUUGCAAUUGCAUUGUUUAGGUCAAAAUGCCUGGUAAAGCAAAUGCUUCUAAGAGGAAAUCUCAACAGUUAAAGAGAAAUUCAAAACAAAGAGCUGAUGAAGAAGUGGAUUUUCCAGAGAAUGAGGUUGGAAACACAGCGAAAAGAAACAAAAGUCAUGCAGGGCAUCUGUCCUCUAAAGCAACAGGACAAGCAAAGUCUAUUAACCUAAAGCGGAUAAAAGUAGCAUCCAACAAGAGAAAAACCUGGCAGCCUCUUCCAAAAAAUACUGAAGAAUAUUUGCAAAGUAUGAUGGAAUCAGUAAUUCUAGAAAUUUUAACCAAAAACAUUAAAGGAAAAGAACAAAUUCAAUGUCACCUCAACUACUUGAAGAAAAGAUUACUGCAACAGUGUGGAACACUGAAAGUCCCUCCCAGAAAGCUGAACUAUUUAACUGAUGUGUCAAAUCUGCUGAAAAUGGAAAGGGCACAGGAAAGAGCUCAUGAAGAGGACCUGGCUUUACUGCAGGAAGAAAUAGACAAAAUAGUAGAGACCACAGAGUCAAUGACUGAAAGUAUUCAGAGCCUAAAGAACAAAAUUCAGAUUCUGACAAAUGAGGUAGAGGAAGAGGAGCAGAAGGUGAAACAGGAAUUUCACCUGGAUAGUAAUAAGGUACUGUCUCUUCCAGAACUUUCUCAGAAAAGCCUUAAAGCACCCACACUUCAAGAAGAAAUUUUGGCAGUAAUUCCAAACCAGAAUGCUCUUCUGAAGGACUUGGAUGUCCUUCAUAAUUCAUCCCCAGUGAAGGACAUGUCAGCGUUCAUUCAAGAAGCCUAUAAGAAACUUGAUGGCUCUUAAGGAGUUGGUUGUGGUUUUUGUUUUUAAGCAUUGUUCCAUAUUAACUUAUUGUUUAUGAAUUGUAAAACCUUCCUUUUUAAGACAGAGUCUCACUCUGUGUGUAGCCUGGGCUGGCCCAGUGUCACCCAUACUGGCCUUGAACUCACACCAGUCCUGCCUCAGCAUGCUGAGUGCUGGGAUUACAUAAGUGAGUGGCACAUCUGGCCCAAAGGUGUACAACUUAACCGUAAUAAUACUAUAAAGCUGAUGUUUGCAGAACAAUUACCCCCUGUUAUCCACUUUAAAAAAUAGCCUUUGUGGCCCUAUCAUUAGUAUCUAAUGUUCUAAAAACAGUUGGUAGCAGUUGCUAAAUCUAGGAAAUCUGUAUAUGCUGUAUCUAUAGUUGUUUGCUAAAACCGUAUACUAUGAAUGAUUUUUGAAAUUA